AUGGAAGAUAGUGAUGAUGAUGAUAAAAUACAGGUUAUCGUGUAUGGAAAUUCUACCGAGGCCAACUUCGAUGAUUUUUAUAGGGAAGAAAUCAAAAAGGAAGGAAAUGAAAAUAUAGCAAGCCUAGAUGGCACUGAUUAUCCCCAAAAUGAAACUGAGAACAUCGAACAAGAAGUUGAUAUGGAAGCUCAAGUACAAAAAGCAACAAAAGAAAAUAAAGUUUUUAUGAAAUAUGACUAUACUAAAGAAAAACCAUGGGGUCAUCAUCAAGAUAAAAGCAUGUGGUUCAAUUAUAAUUUUAAUGAACAGACUUUUAAAGAAUGGAUACAAAAACAUAUAGAUAAAAGAUUAGAAAAACAGAAAAAUUAUAAAAUAGAAACUUAUGAUAAUAUUUAUGAUGAUAAUAAUUUUAAAACAAAUAUUGACAAUCAAUUAUUAUAUGAACAAGACAUAAAAAAUCGUAAUUUAAAAAAUGCACAUUUUACAAAUAAUACCAUAAAAAAUAGUGACACUAAUUUUGAAUAUAUAAAUCAUAACAAAAAUAAUACUAACGUUAAUUUUAAUAAAUAUAGCAAUCAAAAAAAUGGGCCUAACAAUAAUAAUAGCAAUAAUAGUAGCAAGAAUAGCAAUAAUAGCAAUAAUAGCAAGAAUAGCAAUAAUAGCAAUAAUAGCAAGAAUAGCAAUAAUAAUAGCAAUAUGUUACGAGGGAAAGAAAAUAGCCACCGCACUAAUAGUAACGUCUUAAAUUAUGACCAAAAUUCUGUACACAAACUAGCCAAUAAGCCGAAGAACACUUCUGCUAAUUUUAACCGAAAUACCAAUCUAGAAAAAAGCCAAAUUCAAAAAGAGAAAGAUAAUUUUGAAUCAAAACAACAGGAUUUAUCACAGUUUCAGCAGUUUAUUAACUUUUUCAAGCAAAACCAGGAUGCAUAG